AUGACACCCGAGAAGCACGCCUCAUGGCGUCCACUCCCAGUCUCACACCCUGCCGUACCCAACCUGUUGGUCUCGGCCGCCUUCAGCACCUCACCCGUCUCAUACUCGGUCUACAUCACCGAUCUCGCCAACGUGUGGCUGGAACGUCUUGACCGCAGAGAAAUCUUGCUUCGAUCUCUCGAGGAAAAGACAAGCAUCGAUCCUUGCGACGACCCCGAAAACUUCAAGGAGCUGUUGCACCGGAUCGGCAGCGCCUUUGACGCAGAAAACCCGCACCAUGCCAACGCAAGCCUGGCUCUGACCUCUGGGCCCGAACCUUCCACGGGCGGUGCCAACGACCUGAUCCUCGAGGUUACGUGCAUCCUUCCCGCGGGCCUACAGCCGCUCAGGUGGCCCAUCAAACUCAGCCACGGUGGUGCAUCGGCCGUGGCGACCGAGCUGGUCCUGCCGUUGGUUCAGGCACAGAUGGCUCGGCAAUUGGAACUGGAGACUCUCCUCUCCGUCAUCAAGGAGAAAGAUAGUGUCAUUGCCAAGGUGCUUGACAAGCUGGACACCAUGGGCGCCAGGCUGGAUCAGAUCUUUCCCGCCCUCGCAGCUUCAGGCAAGAGGAAGAUCACGAGGGAGUUUGCAGAGUCUCGCGUCAAAGGUCUUGCACCAUAUGACGAGGAUAAUUACUUGCAGCAAAUUGGGUCGGCUGACGGGGAGGGGAAUGGGGAUCCUUUGCUUGAUGGACCGGGUCAGCCAAAAGACGUUCAAGACCUUGUCAAGAACGUUUUCGGAGGCGGAUCGGGACUGAGGCAUCACUCAUCACUGGACUAUUCUGAUUCUCCUGCCCUCAACAACUGGUGGAAGGACUUGGGCGAGGGAUCAGGCAAGGCUGUUCUGGUAGAGAGAAACAAGUCUGAAAACAGACCUAAAGGGAAGAUGACACCAUCACCGGGCUCAUCUUCGAAACGGAGAGCUAGAGACCGCACGAGAAAGGAUGAGGAAGAACACAAGAACGAUAAGGCUGGUGACGACGACUAUAACGAUAACGACGAUGACUUUGAAGUCCAAGCUACGCCGCCACAUUUAAUGUCUGCUCGCAAGCAAGGAACAAACAAGAGAAAAAGUCCACAACCCACCUAUGAUGAUGAUGCAUCAACAGCUAGUGAGGCUGAUGACGAUUUCGAGACGCAAAUACCCGAUAGCAAUCCUCCACCCGAAACACGGACCCCGACCAAACCCAAGGUUAAGACAAAAUCGGUCCCAAGACCGACCCGUCUAGGGACCAUCGGAAAAAAGAAGCAGCCUGAGCCGGAGCCGGAGCCGGAGCCGGAAGUCGACGUGGACCUCGACGCAGCCACUGAAUCUGGCUCCGAGACCGGAUCAGGAUAUGAAGAGCCCGCUGAAAGUAUCAGCAAAGACGACGGCUCAGAGACCGCCUCUGAUGCUGAAGAUCCUUCCGAAUCCGAGCUUCCUUCGCCAAAGACAACGGCCAAGGCCAAGAGAGGAGGUCUUGGGCGCAUUGGCGGGCUCGGCAAGGCCAAGAGCACUAGCAAGGCCAAGGAUGCUGAAGACGUGGAAAUGGCGGGGCCUCAUCCGUCUUCCAAGACUGCGGCAGACGAAGACGACACCGAGUCGGACAGGGCCUCUGCACGACCUGGCCCAAGCAACAAGUCCUCCAGGCCGGUCAAGAGAUUAGGGGUUAUCGGCGACAAAGGUGCUGCGAAACAACAAGCCUUGGGGGAUGGUAUUGGUGACAGGCGAGGUCGCCCAGAAUCAAUAGAAGAGAGCAAAGAGCCGGCUACCAGGGAGACGUCAGAAGAACGCGCGAACCGAAGGCGGGAGGAGCUACAGCAACAGCUAGCAAAGAAAGCUGCACAAGGGCCAGUGAGGAAAAAGAGAAAAUUUUGA